CGGGCGAUUGUAGGAGCCAGGUGCUCGAGCGAACAGCAGUAUCCUCUCUCGUUCGCGACUUCUCUACCUCGUAAUCCCCUCGUCUCGAGCACUCGUCGAGACGCCACGACAGGAACAACAAUAGGUGGAGGCAUCGCCAUCAUGGAGGAACGAGGCGGUGCAAACGGCAUGGCUUACGUCGGAGGUCUGGGCAAUGUGGCCAAAGUGCUUCUGCUGCUACUUAACAUGGCGUUCAUGGUAGCUGGCUGUCUACUUGUGUACUUCAGCCACCGUGUCAAGACUUCCGGUUGGCUGGACGCCUUCCAGGGUGACUACGAGUGGAUUGGCACGUCCACACUCAUCCUAACGCUAGUAUUGGGCGCCGUGGUCAUUGCACUAGCGGCACUUGGCUGCUUCGGCGCUCUGAUGCAGCAGAAGCUGCUUCUGACCAUCUACGGCAUCGUGCUGGUCCUCACGGCAAUUCUCUUCGUCGUUGUGGCUGUGGGAGCGCACAUGGCGAACUCCAAGGCCGACGACUGGGGUAGCAAAGACUAUCCCGCCACAGACAACGAGGCGUCGCUCGGAACCAACUUUAACAAGCUCUACUGCUACGCACAGGUGCCGCAUUACUGCCAAGACGCGUCCGUGAACACCGUUCUCGAGAUGUUCAACGUAUCGCUCGCCGGUUACUUCACGGACACGACGACCAACUUCACGAGCGUCUGCUCUACCGUCACACUCGCAGCUAUCAGCGACAUCUGCGCCGUGUGCGACUUAGUCUCUCAAUACGACGAGUACUCGGUAGUACUGGACUGGACCGAGUCCUCUUGUCCUCCGUCUUCUACGACCUAG